AUGCCUUGGCGCCCAGAGGGUAUUUUACACGGCGUGCAAUAUGCUAUUGAAGGAAGCUUGAUUGUUGUUCAAAACCCUCAACUGAGAAAAGAACGUUACCUUCAGAUAUUUGGUUAUCUUCUGAUACUUUCGUUCACUCUAUUCACAAUAAGCAAAGUGCUCAUUGUGUUUCCGUUGCAAAUCUUGCGAUUCAUCGCCUACUUGAUCUCUUUGCCCGGUCGAUACGACAAUACCAAAGUUGACACAUUCUUAUUGACUCUUGAACGUUACAUUCGGGAGGGCUUGGUCUCGUUGCCUUUUCUCGCGUUGUUCUUUAUGCGGUACUUAUACCCUAAACCUAUUGAUCAACUCUUCAUGGAAUCACUGCGAUAUGUCGAUACAAAAACUGAUGGACGACCCUACGCACCAGCCUUGGCUGCACGCUCAUUUAAGAUCAACUAUUGGGCCAACCUUCGACAGUACCUAAUGCGGUAUUUUAAGAAAGGCCGUAUAGGAAUUAUUGUGUAUUUGUUUUCACUAUUACCCAUUAUCGGCCGAUUUGUCCUUCCAGCAGCAGGAGCGUAUACCAUGUACAAAUCAUUGGGAAAGGGACAGGCAGCAGCCGUUGGUAUCUGCUUUAUCAUUCUACCGCCACAUAUAACCCGUGUCAUCAUGCGUUCAUUGUUUGAAAUGAGAGCUCUUAUGCGUGAACUGCUCGAACCGUACUUUGAACGUGUUGGUCUGGACAGCAAACAAAAGCGUAAAUGGUUCCGACGCCGAGAGGAUAUUUUGUUAGGAUUUUCAGCUAUCGCUUAUGCUUUUACUAGAAUACCUUUCUUCGGCGUCAUUGGAUAUGGACUUAUGCAGGCUGCAUCUUCUUACCUCUUGGUGCAAUUGGGUGAUCCUCCGGCUCAAGGUAUGAGCGCUUCAUCUUUAAUCGAAGGAAAAGAUAUCAAAGUUCGGCACAGCGAACCCUCGGCAAAGGACGAUUAA